AGCAACACCAUGCAGUCUUUAUUUUCCGUCGCACACACUCCAGGGAUACCUACAGCUGUUUCAUUAAUGUGGAAAUCAGGAAAUCCUCAGUCGUCCAACUGGACCGUGUUGGAGAGAGAAAAUGGGACGCCAGUCGGUGACUUGGACACAUUUGGUAACCGGCGCGCACAGUAUGGCCAGUUUUCUUCGUCCACCUCUAUAUUCCUGACUGUGCUCAUGACGCUGCUGGUGUUCGCCACGGUUCUCGGGAACGCGCUUGUCAUUUUAGCUUUUGUGGUUGAGAAAAGUUUACGUACACAAGGCAACUUUUUCUUUUUAAAUUUGGCCAUUGCUGACUUUCUUGUCGGUGGGUUUUGUAUCCCCGUGUAUAUCCCAUAUGUCCUGACGGGUGAGUGGAGACUGGGCAGAGGUCUGUGUAAACUGUGGCUAGUGGUGGAUUAUAUGUUGUGCACCGCCUCAGUGUUCAACAUCGUGCUCAUCAGUUUCGACAGGUUUCAAUCAGUCACUAAAGCGGUGAGUUACCACUGCCAAAAAGGGAUCACUAGGGAGGCUGUUUUGAAGAUGCUCUACGUGUGGCUGGCAGCUUUUCUUCUUUAUGGUCCAGCUAUUAUCAUUUGGGAACACAUCGCUGGAGGAAGCAUAGUGCCAGAUGGAGAGUGCUAUGCCGAGUUCUAUUUCAACUGGUAUUUUCUUAUGACUGCCUCUGCUGUUGAGUUCUUCACUCCUUUUAUAAGUGUCACAUAUUUUAAUCUCAGCAUUUACAUAAACAUACGCAACAGAUGUGCUGUGAGGGAAGAACAGCCAUCUUAUAUUCGACUCAGGAGUUUUAAGAUGAGGCCGCUUGGAGCUGGUGAUGUGCAGCGUGUGUUUUAUGUAAGGCCUGUCGAGGAAAGUGGGGUUAGAGUGUUACACUCCAGGUCUCGGUGUUGCCAGUUAGCUUCGACAGCAAAGGUGUCCACCACCGAGUUUGGCAAUGGCAGACAGACUAAACGAAGAGACAGCACAAUUGCGGACCUGCCUCCUCUGCAGGUUGGAGACAGGCUCCUGACAUCUACCGAGGCGCAGUUUCAUUACGUGGAUCACUCGUCCGGAUCACAUAGACACCGUCCAGAUAUGGUUGGCAGUCUGGCCAGCCGCUUUCGCCUAUCUAGAGAUAAAAAAGUUGCAAAGUCUCUAGCUGUGAUAGUUUGUGUAUUUGGGCUUUGUUGGGCACCCUACACCCUAUUGAUGAUCAUUCGGGCAGCAUGUCAUGGUCAGUGUGUCCAGCACUACCUUUAUGAGAUCUCGUUUUGGCUGCUGUGGAUCAAUUCAUCUAUCAAUCCAGUCUUGUAUCCUCUGUGUCACAGCAGCUUUAAAAGAGCCUUCAGCAAACUACUGUGUCCAACCAAGACAAAAAUACAACCUCAGAACAUGGACCAGAAGUACUAAACUUCUUUACUAAAAAUGGAUUCAAAUAAUUUCAAAUGGGGCAAGACUUUUAUAAUGUGCUUGCACAGGAACUCUAAUCAUUUGCUUUGCUUAUAUUGUUUGAACCAUGCUUUUUAUGUACUUAUUCAGAGUCUCAC